AUGCUGGGCAGGUUUCGACUUUUAUAAUUUACAUCAAAGCCGAUUUUCUGCCCAAUUUUCAGGGAAUUUCCAGCCGCAAAGUAAAAUGACCUUUCUCUUAAAAAAAUGUUUGCUUUCUUGGAUCUCAAAAAAUAGCAAAAACCAGGUUUGUGACAAAUGUUUCUGAAAAGAACUGGCCAUCAAACUCAUCACAAUAAAGGAAGAAGCGUCAAAUCACGGCUGAUAAAGGGAGAAACGGCGGAGCCGCCACUUGUCCGUCAACAGCGUGCAACCAUAAGAAAAGCAUAAAACGUUUGUCGUCCGGCGGCGCCGAGACCUGCGACAGCUGUCCGCCACUCGGCCGUCGGCAGUUCGAUCUAGCCGUCGACUCGUCGAUGCGUCGAUGAUCCGCCACGUCUUCUUCCUCUUCUUUCUACUGGCGGGGUCCGCCGGCGCAAUAGUCGGCGUCCAGCGGAGCGACUGCGUCCGAAACUGCUCCCACAUCGAGUCAGACCAGGAGUUCGGCGUCUGUCUCAGCGAAUGCAGCAAACUGCCCCGUCUAGACAAUGUCGCCGAUGUCGAAAGUUUGAUUUCUCUUUCUCAUUUUUUUCCCCUAUUUAUCGUCAAUGGAAAAUAUAUCCCUUGAAUCAGAAAAAUCACGAGCUUUUUGUUUAUUACUUUCUUUGAGUUUAAAAAAAUAUAAAAAUGGGGAGAUGAAUUGUAAUGGAGAAUUCAUAAAUUUAAUCCUCUCGCUUUCCGUUUUUCAUUUUUUUAUGAAUUAAAAAAAUUUUUUUCAAGAUUGGUUUCCAUUUUUUUCAGAAUUUCUUGAAUUAGUGUUUCGUAAUCUAAUUUAAAGCAAAAAGGGUAAAUCAGUGGGAUAGAGAAAGUAAAUCCGAUUUGAAACUACUAUGAAAUUUUACCUAAAAAAAUUCUUAAGGGGCCAUAUUUGUUUAAAAAAAGCCGCCGGAAAAAUAUUUUAGGACUGUAUUAUAUGUUUUUUUUUUGCAAAAUUUGGGUAUCGUUCUUGAAACUUUCACAUUCUCAAUCGAUUGAUUUCACUUCCUUCCAACGAAAAUCUGACUUUUCGAUUUCGAAGUUUCCCGAUAAAAAUUUCAUACUUUAGAUCAAUAUUUUCCUCAUAUUUUACUACUAACAAUGGGAAACUCGGCGGAAUGGCUAACAAAUUCCGAAGCUCCAUGGGGUGUUACACUUUGAUCAAGCGACAAGUGUUUUGGGGAGAGCGAAGUGAGAACAUCAAACUCUCAACGUGCUCUUCGCAUCAAUUUACAUUCAAAAAGAAACAGAACAGAAAAAAAAUAAUCACGUUUUUCAAGUUUCUUUUUCCUUUCAUCGCAUUCAUUAAAAAAAUAAUAAUAAGAUUUCAUUUAUAUAACGUAACUAUUCAGUUUGCUAAAGGACAAUUUUUUUCCGAUGAUAUCUAUGUAUUAUUGAAGGUUAUUCAUUUGAUCUAUUGAGGAAAACCGAAAAACUUUCGAGAAAAUCGAUCUCUACUCAAGAAAGAUAAACCAAUAGCGGUCAACCAUCCAUCAUUUCAGCUCGGUUACCAAGAAAAAACAUGAAACUUGAGGGUUUUUCGAAUUAGAGGUAACUAAAAGUUAACGAAAAAGAUUUAUUGAAAAAAAUCAGACAUUCUAUGAAACUCGUCUUGGGGAAGAUUUUUGCGAUAGGAGUCAAUAUAACCUUUUUCCCCCAUCGCCUCACCGUUUGAGUUGAAUGAAGAGUUGAAUGUUAAAUGAAUUGAAUACCAAUAUCGGUUGCAGUGUUCGCUCUGCCGCCUAGCAAGGCGUGGGCCGCGACCGAGGUCGUCAUGGACAGCGGGAAGAUUUUGGAGACGUCGGUGCAGUGGACGGCCCCAGAAGGUCUGUCGUCUCUCCGUUUUUCGUGAUGUCUCGUUGCAGACUCGCUGCGCACCGGCUUCUACCUCCGUUACAGCGCCGUCGAGCAACGAUGUCAGCGCCAUUUUCCCGGCUAUUUCACUUCUAGCCUUCCAGCGGUUUCUUUUUUCUUUUUUAUUACUAAGAUCUGAUUUCAAUCUUACCAAAAAUUAAUUUAUGCAUAAAAAAUGAGAUUUUUUCCAUAGUUUUUGAAGUGAUUUUUGAAAAAGAAUGAUUCUAUUAAAAGUCUUUAGUGGCUGGUUCAAAGACGACGCAAAAGUCUUGCAUGACCCAUUUUUUUUUUAAAUUUUUGUGCUCUGAAAUUACGAAAUUAACAACAAAGAAAAUUGUGUAGAAAAAAAACCGCAAAGCUUCCUAAUCUUGCGAUGAAAAUAUUUUUUUUUUUUCUUUUUUGGAGUAUUGCAUUCGGACAGUUUGAUACAAAGAUAAAUUUUCAAAAAGUUGGUCAGCCGCCAAAUUGAAUGAAAAAAUGUUGUAUCCACUUAAAAUUAAUUCCUUUUUCAAGAUAAAUUUUGAUGUUCGAGGUGAAUAGCGACUACAUCUUGGAUCCAACCUAUAUUCGGAACCUACCUCCCUUUUGCAGGACUCGCGCUCCCACAAGAUUCCGCUGGAGUUCCAUGGACAUCCGUUGAUCGUGGACCACGGCUGCAGCUACCGACUGCAGAUGCACUCGAUACCGUACCCAGCCGGAGACGCGCGAUUUCUCGUCGAGGCGCAGCACAAGGUGCCGGAGUGCAUCGGCAAGUACUGCGAGUGCAAAGACGACGCCGUGCCGAACGCCGAAAAUCCCAAGGCCGAGGAAGUACGCGACGGGGUACUGCUCACCUGGAAGUUCCAGCAGACGCCUGCGCGGCAGUACACCUUUUACGCCGAUCUUUAUGAGAGGUACAAAAGAUUUCCGAAAGUUUUGAUGUUUCACCUGUUCAACAACCUCUCCGUCGAAGCUUACACCUUGCUCGACAGCAGUGAACACAAAAAUUCUUAAUUUAUUAAUCAAUACUUCAAUUCACACAAAAAAAAUAUUGAAGUGUUGAAGAAUAUACAUAUUCUUUGAAAACGUCUCUACUUCUUUUUUUUGCAAAAUGUUCAACUUCUUUUUCUUCUUCCAAGAUACUUCUUUUUUUAUUUAUUCAAAUCCAUGAAAAUCUUCAGAUUCACGGCUCCCAUCAAACUUCUCUCUGACAGACCCUUCAACUUCCAAAUCGUCAACGAUGAGCCGUUCGAGUUUCGUGCCGAGCCUGUAAAAACAUCGUGCAACUGAACUUUCUCAUGGAAACACCUCAGGGAGAAGAUUUUUUCGAACGGCUGUUGCCACACGAGCUGAAACGCAACGAGCAGUACAAGGUUUCGCUGUUUGCGGUCGACGACCUCUUCUGCCACAACACCGACGUCUUCGCUUUCUUCAACACGUCGGACGACGUUCCUACCAGACGUAUUUCUUUCCGAAGUAAUGAAAAAAAAGAUAAAAACGUUACAGAAGUGAACACAACGGCCACGAUACCAACCACCAGCCUGCCCAAGGAGAAUGUUUUUGGAGCUGAGGUCCUUGCUGCCACUGAAGGCAUCGGGAAGGCCUCUUCCAUCUCUCCGCAUAGACUUCUCAUGGUCGGACUCAUUAGUAACAUUACUUUGACCUGUCUCUCUCUCUCAGGAAUCAACUUUCUUUCUGGUUAUCUUGUUAGGAGUGGCGUGCCUCAGCCCGGUAUGUACCAUCAGCAUCCUUUUGAUCAUUCGCCGGUGAGUGGAUUUUUCGAAAAGGUCGAAUUAGUAAGGUUUAGAAGAAGGAAAAACCUGAAAAGAAGGUCGAGCAAAUUCGGUGGCUGGACGCUUUCUCAUUCUCGGCACUCAAUCAUGGAAACGAAUAUUCUGUACCGCCAGCCACUGGACAUUGUAAGCCAGUCUCUGGAGGCAACGGACUGGCGGAUCCGAUCCUGCGACAUCGCCGUCGGUAGUGUCAUAGGUUCGAAGGAUCUUGUUCUGAUCGAAAAAAACGUUGAUCCAGGAGAAGGAGCGUUCGGACUCGUGUGCAAAGGGACAUUGAGAGCAAACGGAUUGCUGGUUCGAGUGGCUGUCAAACAGCUCAAGGCGAACGCCGUCGACGAGGAGCGCGAGGAGUUCAAUGGGGAAAUUCGCAUGAUGCAAGUGGUGAGAAGCUCUCUUCAGAAACGUAUUCAGAAAAAAAAAUCUCUGAUCUAAACGAACUAUUCAUCAAAUGAAAUAGGUAUUAGGGCUUCUUACAUCGUGGAUAUUUGGACUUUGGGGUUCCUAGACGGGGUGUGAAAACAGUAUAGUUGAAAUGGUUGAGGUGGGUCGUCACGAAAACAUCGUCGCCAUGUACGGAUACUGUUUGGACGAAGAGAUGCAGUGCAUGGUGAUGGAAUAUGUUCCAUACGGAGACCUCAAACACUACCUGCAGAACGUCCGCAAGCAGGUGAGAACAAUUUUCGACAAAAAACCGACAAAUUAACGCUCCGUUAAAAAAAGAAUGGACAGAAAGGAAAGCAGAGCAAAAAAACCUGAAAAAAACUCACUUUUUUUCAGCUUUUUAUUGUAAUUGAUUUUUCUUUAAAAAAACAAUCAAAUCUGGUACAUCUGUUGAUUCUCGGCGAAGAAGUUUUUUUCAUUAUAAAAUAUAAAAUUAAAAUUAAAAAAAUGUAAUAUACAAAACUGUUUAUGAUUAGGGCGAGAGUCCCAUAACCGCAGUCGAAUGUUCAUUUUUUUCGUGAAAGUCACGCUUAUAAAAGUGAACUUUUUUUGAUAGAUAUGAAGAAAUGGAUGGAUGUCAUAAAUUUCAAAAACUUCAAACACCAUAUGCUAAUAAUAGCUCAAAGCUCGGAGCAACACACGGACGAUAAUUAUCAAAGUCGGUGAACGACAGUUGUCGCCCGAGGGAAAAAGUCGCGUUUCCCAGGGACAUUUCUUUGUUUUAUCUUCCCGGCUACGAAUCAAUCACCCAUUAUAUUGAAGCAUUCGACGUUCCCGCUGCUGCUGCAACAGUCCGAGUGCGACAUGACCUCCUCGGUCAGCGAGAAGAUGCAGUACACGUUGGAUCCGCAAGAGCUCCACUCAUUCGCCAUACAAGUCGCAAACGGCAUGGUUGGUGUCAAGAAUUUACGACUUAUUAAAAAUUAUUUUUCUUUCUUUCAUCAUUGAUGAGUCUUUUGAUUUUUUAGUUUAUCUUUUUUUUAAAUCGUAUUUUUGAUCUUCAAACUUUUUGAACUAUUCUAUGCCUUUAUUUUGCAACUCUGGAUCCCCUUGCUAAUCAAUGUAAAAAUAGAUGGUUCCAAAGAGAAAUCCACAGAUCGUGCGCAUUAUAAAUCUCCAUUUAAAUUCGUAAAAUCACUCAUAGUCCGAAAAAAAUAAUUUCUCAUUUUAGGCACAUCUGGAAGCCUUGGGAAUAACUCACCGAGACCUCGCCGCACGAAAUAUCCUGGUCGGCGAGGGUAAGAAGCUCAAAAUCAGCGACUUCGGAAUGUCAAGACCUGGCGUCUAUGUCAAAAUGAGCCGAGGUGAACAAAACUACCCCGUUUAAGAGUUUCUCAACGUCGAUUUAGGAGUGAUUCCGCUGCGAUGGCUGAGCCCAGAGGCCAUCAGCGAGAACACCUAUUCGACGAAGAGCGACGUUUGGGUAAACACAUUUGCGUUGAAGUGUUACUUAGUAAUAAUUCAGGCCUACGGGGUCGUCUUAUGGGAGAUUCUCACUCUUGGCGGCUUUCCCUACGUGUCCAUCGCCGACAAAGACCUUCAUCAACAUCUUCUGGAGGGCAAACGACUCGAAAAGCCUCCUCACUGCUCCAUUCAGAUGUAAAAAAAACUCAAUUUACGAAUAGAAUCAACCUAAUUGGAUUUGCAGCUAUGAACUGAUGUCGCAAAGCUGGAAACUCGACCCUCGGGAAAGGCCGUCUUUCAUCACAAUCGCUCAAAUGCUGAAUGGCCUGCAGUGUCCCUACGUCGACUUCACACCUCCUAGUUCAUUACCCCCUCAAGGUUAGAAUCGAAAAUAGUGCUUUUUGAAGGCUGAACUUCAGAAAUCACCCCUAAAACGCCUUGA